AUGGCUCCCAUUGCGACAUUUCAUACAACAGGUACUAUUAUGGCAGAUAGGUCCAAGUUCUCUUUCAUUGGAUCCAUUCCAGAAGCGAUGUUUCGUGAUGUUCCUCCCUUAAGUAAAGUUGUAGAAGGAUAUCGCACCCUUACUCCUUCAGGGCCUCGUCCUUUGACUGAUGAAUUCCAAGCCAUUUUGGAUGAGGCUGAUAAACCCAUGAAAGGGGGCAAAGGGUCCAAGAGAACUACCAAGAAAGACUCUACGAAAGAAAGAACUUCUGAGGCUCCGAAACCUCCAUCUCAGAAGCGAAAAGCUCCCACUACCUCUACUGCUGCACCAAAGUGA